UCGCCCCCCAUGCCCUCCCCGUCUCACUGACGGUGGCCCCCCACCCGCCCGGCCCCGCUCGUCGGCGAGCCCCUUCCCUUCCUUCCCCCUCGCUCCAUCGGACCACCGCUGUCCCGGGCAAGAGAUCCGGCCAACUCAGGUUGCUCGGAAGGCCGGCGAGCCGCGCGUGCUGGGCGCCGGGAUGCAGGCGGCCGGCGCCAGCCGGUGGCCCGGAUCUCGCCGGCGGCGCGUCUCGGCGAGUGUGGGCCUCUGAACUUUCUGACCUUGAGUCCUCGAUUUUGUCAUAGAUCAGACAAAUAAUGGAAGAGUUACAAGAUUGCAACUCGAAAUGCCUGGUUGCCCUCCCGGGCUCUUUGGUUCUGCAUCUCUUUAGGCUGUUUGGCCAGCAGGAUCAGAGUUCAUGGCAGAAGUACAUACUAGCUUACUUUCUGUUGGUCAGGAAUGACUACUUCUCUGGGGAGUCGAAGAAACACUCAGAUGUGUUCUGUGAUAUUUCAGAAUUAGAUUUCUUUCCAUAUGCUACAGAUUUGGAUAGUGAAGAACUUGAACUGAAGGAGCAGAAACCUAUUUCGAAGGCUCAAUCAGGAGGUGAUUCAAGUAGCAACAGAUCAAAUGAUUGCUACUUCCCAGGCCUUCAUGAUGACCUGUCUCAAGACUGCCUUGCUUGGGCAAGCAGAUCAGACUACCCUUCCCUUUCUUGUCUGAACAAAAGAUUCAAUUUGUUAAUUAACAGUGGAUAUCUGUACAAACUGAGAAGGAAAUAUGGCAUCGUUGAGCACUGGGUGUAUCUCGCUUGUAGCUUGAUGCCCUGGGAAGCAUUUGAUCCUUUGCGGAAGCGGUGGAUGAGGCUCCCAAGAAUGCCAUGCGACGAGUGCUUCUCCUGUGCAGAUAAGGAAUCACUUGCCGUCGGAACACAGCUGCUUGUCUUUGGCCGUGAAUAUACUGGCCUUGCUAUUUGGAUGUACAACUUACUGACUCGCAGUUGGUCCCCAUGCACUCCAAUGAAUCUGCCCCGCUGCCUUUUUGCCUCGGGAAGCUCAGGUGAGAUUGCUAUUGUUGCUGGUGGGUGUGAUAAGGAUGGACAGGUGCUGAGAUCUGUUGAGUUGUACAACUCAGAGAUUGGCCACUGGGAGACUAUCCCAGACAUGAACCUGCCCAGGCGGCUCUCUUCAGGUUUCUUCAUGGAUGGCAAGUUUUACGUUAUUGGGGGUGUAUCGAGUCAGAGGGAUUCAUUGACUUGUGGAGAGGAAUAUAACCUUGAAACAAGGACCUGGAGAAGAAUACUUGAUAUGUACCCUGGUGGAACCAGUGCAUCUCAAUCGCCUCCCCUUGUUGCUGUUGUGAAUAACCAGCUCUAUGCUGCUGAUCAGUCAACAAAUGUGGUCAAGAAGUAUGACAAGGUAAAUAACGCCUGGAACAUAGUGAAGCCAUUGCCUGUUAGAGCUGACUCAUCCAAUGGUUGGGGUCUAGCUUUCAAGGCUUGUGGCGAUAGAUUGCUAGUAAUUGGAGGGCAUAGAGGACCUCGUGGCGAGGUAAUACUGCUGCAUUCCUGGUGCCCCGAAGGUGGGGAAGAUGGUGCUGACUGGGAGGUUCUAUCGGUGAAGGAACGUGCAGGCGUCUUCGUUUACAACUGUGCAAUAAUGGGGUGCUGAGUUACCUUUGCUUCAGUACAUGCCGCUGGUUUAGAAAGCCAACCAUUUCUUGCUGCCAUUUAGCUACCCUUUAUAAUGACUUGUAAUUCAGAAAUGACACACCCCCCAUUUCGCCGAGCUCUCAGUUGAUGAAUGUUUUGUAGAGAGCAUAGAGCAUUGAGUUCAGUUUACCUGGAACUACUCUUUUUCUGUUAAACUCGUUCAGAAUUCUUUGUUCUUGUCCAGUAUGAAUUUUAUGCAGUAUUCUUUAUUCACCA